UCGGAAGCGGAAGGGCGCCGCGGGGCCACGGGGCGGCCGCUCCGCCCAGGCCCGCCGGCCACGGACCCAUGAGGCGGAGAAGGCGCCCGCCGCGGCCCGCCGCGGCGCCGGCCCCGCAGCGGCGCGCCCGCCGCGGCGCCCGGAGCCUCGACACCUUCGCGGCGGAAGCGGAGGCCGCGCUGAGAGCUUGCCUGGAGGGCGGCCGGCCUGCGGAGGGGGACGCCCCCGCCGUGGAGCUCCCCUGCCCUCUUGCCAUGUGGGAGCUCGGGCACUGCGAUCCCAAGCGAUGCACCGGGAGGAAGCUGGCGCGGAAGGGGCUGCUGCGGACCCUGCGCCUCGGCCAGAGGUUCGCGGGGCUCGUGCUGAGCCCGGCCGCCGCCCAGCCCGUCUCCCCGGCUGACAGACAUAUCGUUGCUCAGAGUGGAAUUGCAGUCAUAGAUUGCUCAUGGGCCAAAUUGGAAGAAACUCCCUUUAAGAGAAUGAGAGGAAAUCAUCUACGGCUGCUACCUUACUUGGUGGCUGCAAAUCCUGUAAACUAUGGCCGGCCAUGGAAGCUGUCCUGUGUGGAAGCUUUUGCUGCUACUUUUUGCAUUGUUGGAUUUCCAGACCUAGCCACCAUUCUUCUAAGGAAAUUUAAAUGGGGGAAGACAUUUAUUGAUUUGAACAAAAAUCUUUUGGAAAAGUAUGCAACCUGCCAUUGCCAAGAAGAUGUGCUGAGAGUUGAAAAGGACUUUUUAGCCAGUGUCCAAGAAACAAAAGAAGAAAUAGAUCCAUUUGAUGUUGACUCAGGAAAAGAAUUUUGUAAUCCUAAUAGACCAGUCAGUGCCCAAGGAAUAGCACAAAGCAAUGAAGAAUCUGAGGAGGACAGUGUAAGCAGUCCAGAUGAUGGCAGUGAGACCAGUGAGAACAGUCCAGAUGAUGGCAGUGAGACCAGUGAAGAGAACAGUCCAGAGGAAGAUGGUACUGGAAAGUUGCUGCACCAAGAAGCAAUAAAUCAACUAUUUGAAAAAUAAAAAAAUUUGUAAACAGAGUUGUAAAAUCUUGUCUAAGAAGCUUUCUUGUGAACAGUUACUAGUAUGGGGGCUGUACACCUGUAACUGGGUGCUUAAAUACCUCCUUCUAGGUGAACCUCUCUUCUCAGUGAGGCCACUUGGGGGUUUAUAGAUUUAUUUAUGCAUGUAAAAGUUUUAAGGUUAUUUAGCUUUUUCUUUUGAACAGUUAUUUAUGGAAUGCUCAUUGUUAUUAUGUAAAGAUCUUGAAGCUUAGUUACAUGAGUAAAGAAACAAAAUAAAUUUCUGGAAAGUGA